GUUAAACAAAUGAGUGAGAGAUAAAUUAAGUUAGAAUAUUAAUUUAGUAAGUCUUUUAUUUUUAGUGUUAUUGGGCUUCCUUUGUAUUUGGGUUUUUAAGUUUAUUAUCCAUUGGAAGCAUUAUAUAUUGUAGUCUCAUUGAGACAUUAGAAGCAAUCAAAUGAAAAAGUAUUUUUAUUUCCUUUAAUUCUAUUUUGUUAUUUUAGUGUUCUUCCUCUUUCUAGCUAAAACCCUAGAUUAUAGUUUUGAUAGGAAUUGCUUCCUAUCAAUUGGUGCUUUCAUCCAUGUACUCAAAUCCUCCUAUGGAUUACCCACCUUCAUAUCAUCCAUGGAGUAUUCCUCCUACCUAUCCCACAAACCUCUCUUUUACAUCUCCUACCACAUCUUCAUUUCCAUCUUUCCCGUGGGAACUUUUUACAUCUUAUUACACUCAUGGUUCAUCAUCCCCAAAAUUGUAUUUGAAUCACGGAUAUUCACCACAUCAACAAUUAGCCACAACAAUUUCAGUAUCUCACCCACACCACAUAAUAGAACAACAAACGCUCAACACUUCCACAAAUAUGGAUAGUUCCUACCUAGAAGCCACAUAUCCAUUUCCCCGUCUAGAAACUAAGUACCAAAGUCAUUACCCAGAAAUUUCACCACUCAACAUUAUUCAUACACAAAUCAUGCUUCUAGAUCCAUUGAAAUUCACAACCAAUUUCAGCUUAAAUUUAUCAAGACAUGAAGCUAAUGAGCGGUCUAUGGGUGACGUUGUAGCAGUGAAAGAUCCAGAGGCAACACCCAAUCAUGAAUAUUCAUGGAUUCAUUAUAAUCUUCGACCACAAAGGGCUCAAAAAUCUCUGAAAUCACCAACGGCGACCGCAUAUUCGAAACAAGGUCAGUUGUCUGUGUUGAGGAUCGCCUCCUUAUUGUCUGUUAAGAUUGACAAACAUAAAAGAGGAAAAAGAAGGAUUAACAUAAAAGAAAAAAGAGUUUCCAAACCAAAAUCUCCGGCGACAAUUCUGGCCUCUUCUCCAGCAAAAUUUAUGACGCCGAUGGCAUUUCCGGCACUAACCCCGCCAUCGUUUCUGACACUUUUUCAGACAAAUUCUUCGAUAAUAUCUCCAGAAACAGUUCAGCUGUCUUCUUCGACAACAUCAACAACAACUCAAGUGUCACUUCCGAUGUCGUCGACUCUGGCAAAACAAUCAGAUCCAAAACCACCAGACAUAAUUUUAUCUUCGGAUCUGUCGUUAUCAUUCACAAACCCAUUUUGGCAACUAUUAGAUUUGAAACAUCCUACGCUGAAACCACCGCCUCAGUUCAAAGAUGGAGUGUUUCAUGAUGAUGCUGAUUUUGCAAUUUCGCCAAAACCACUAGAUCCUACUUUUGACAUCAACAAUUCCAUCACUCAUCCACAAUUUCCUCCCGAGCCUGUUUCUGUAGAUAUCAAUGAUAAUCCCUUUGAGUCGUGGGAGAUUCCUGUAUCUCUUAAGGAUGUUUUAUGGCUUCAAAAAUUUUCUGCUAACAAUGUUAAUGUUAAGGGUAAGUUACCGGAGAUUGAGUUGCUUAAAGAAUGGAAACAAUAUUUGAAGGACAUGAAGAAUUGGAUUCGUGCCACCCCUGCUGAAAUAACCCAAACCGCAGAUCCUCCGCCAAAGACGUCACUGCUUGUAUUGUGUUUGUUUGAACCACUCAUUCAUUAUCACACAAGGAAGAGAAAUAUGAAGGUAAUCGUUUUCCAAAUAGAUACCGAAAUUGCUACUUUGUUGCAUGAUUUUAAAUUUUGCAAAAAUUGUUUUCUGUUCAGUACAAUUUGGCCUAAACUUGUUUUUCUAGCCAUUGAUGGUCUGUGUGUGUUUCCAUAUGAGAAUGAUAUUGGUAGUUCUUGCGGUGUUUAUCUAUAUCUACAUAUGUAUUACUAUACUUUCGGAGGAAUAUACUACGCAUAUCAUGUUUCAAAUUAUGGGAAGGAGCUCAAUGUUGCCACUGCUGAAUUUUGUUUUUGGGCCAGGAGAGAUAGCAUCUGUGCUCAUUUUGAUCCAUGUUAUUUCAAGCGAUCUCUUAUGUUUCAGCAUGUUAUAACAGAUAUGUUGAUUUAUAAGAAUUUGAGGCAUGUAUCACUUGCAAAAUAUUGGAUUAAUGAAAAACAUAAUUGGAGAUUUGGCAUACUUACUUAUCGUGCUUUUAGAAGAUCACAAAACUUUGCAUAUACACUUAAAGAGUUUGUUGUGGGUGUUCACUCAUUUAUUAUUGGAAAGCAUAUUUGCACUACAUUUAUUGCUACUAAAUUUGAUAAUGAUGAGAUCCACCUAGUUGUGUUGUCAACCAAAAAUCAAGAUAUGGAAAUUUGGGAUAUCUUACAAGCAUUAGCUAAUGAGUAUUUGCACAGGAGUCUCCACUGUUUUAUGAGCUUUGGGUUACUCGGUGCUUACACAACAUCACGUACUCACGAUAAUGCUUCAUGUUUGAUAUUUUGGGAAAGACACAUCAAAAAACUCUCAGAAUCUAUUCAAAUUCUCUCUAAUUCUCCACCACAACUUCCAUUUAAAUCUCAUAAUGCUGCAAGUUUGCAGCCAUUCUCACCGAAUUUGCUUGGUUGGCAACUUGCAUUGAAGAUGCUUGUUAAUGAAUCAUUGGAGAAAGUCUUGCCAAUUGCAUUGAAACAAGUGGUUGAUUAUGAGGAGCUGAUCAUCAACGUAUGCGAGACUGUGCAUGAGGAUAAUAUGAAUAAACUUUUUGAUGUGCAUGUGCAUAUUGAAACUUAUGUUCCUCCUCAAUUCGGUAUUCGCGGAAAUGGCAAACAUUUGGUUGUUGGGGGCUAUGGGAGGAAUGUUGCUGCUUCUAAAUAUUCAAAUUGGUGUCUUAUUUCUAAGAAGAAGAACUCAGUUCAACAUGUGAUGCAAGCUGUUUAGAUGGAGAAGCACACAUACUACACUUGUAAUUCAGAGUAAUUUUAGAACCUUGAGGACAAGGUUCAAUGUGAACCGUGCGACAAUGAUAGAGAGUAAAAUUGGAGUUAAACAAAUGAGUGAGAGAUAAAUUAAGUUAGAAUAUUAAUUUAGUAAGUCUUUUAUUUUUAGUGUUAUUGGGCCUCCUUUGUAUUUGAGUUUUUAAGUUUAUUAUCCAUUGGAAGCAUUAUAUAUUGUAGUCUCAUUGAGAC